CGGAGGCGAGCACCAGCAUGGCGGGGCUCCGGCGCCCGCAGCCCGGCGUCUGCUGCCGCACGGCCGCGGCCGUGAACCUCCUGCUGGGCGUCUUCCAGGUCCUGUUACCCGGCUGCCGCCCGGGAGGGGCUCAGGGACAAGGGAUUGAACCCUUGCCCAACGUGGUGGAGCUGUGGCAAGCAGAAGAAGGGGAACUCCUGCUGCCCACUCAGGGCGAUUCUGAAGAGGACGUGGAGGAGCCUUCCCCAGAGCAGAGCUUCUCAGAGAAACUAUUUAGUGGAAAAGGCUUACAUUUUCAGCCAUCAGUUCUAGAUUUUGGAAUACAGUUCCUGGGCCAUCCAGUCGCGAAGCUUCUGUAUGUGUACAACCCCAGCAGGGAUAGCGAGGUGGUGGUGAGCUCGGUGUUCACAGCUGCCAGACACUUUCACGUGCCUCCUGUCCACUGCAGGGUAAUUCCAGCAAUGGGGAAAACUUCCUUCAGAAUUAUCUUCUUACCUACGGAAGAGGGAAGCAUCGAGAGCUCUUUAUUUAUUAACACCUCCUCACAUGGAGUCCUUUCCUACCAUGUGUCCGGGAUUGGCACACGCAGAGUCUCCACCGAAGGAUCUGCCCGGCAGCUGCCAGAUGCCUACUUCCUGCUUCCGCAGGUCCGGAGCGUGCAGCUUUCACACCCCCAGGCAGAAACCACUAAUAUUAGCCUCCUGCAGGUGCAGCUGGAAUGCAGUUUGCAUAAUAAAGUGUGUCAGCAAUUAAAGAGUUGCCAUCGGGAAGCUGAGGAUGUUUUGCGCUUGGAAAUGAGUGUGACAGUAACCACAGAAAACUCCUCCGAUGAACCCGAGGAGAGCACACAAGAUUUGCUAGAUCACCUCUCCAUCGUCUAUGUCGCCACAGAUCCAUCGGAGACCUCAGAUGAUUCGGCAGUGAACAUGUAUGUGUUGCACUCAGGAAACAGCCUGAUUUGGAUACAGGAUGUGCAUCAUUUCUCCCAGAGAGAUGCUCUGACCCUGCAGUUCGAACCAGUACUGCUACCUACUUCUGCGACAAACUUUACCAAAAUUGCCUCAUUUACUUGCAAAGCAGGCACAUGGUGUGGCAGUGCAGUUACAGAAAACGUGAGGAAAAGUAAAAGCACCGCAACGCUGGACACGUGCCUCUCCUCUCCCACGGUUCAGGGGUACUUCCGAGUGGACGCCGCCGCGGCCCGCUUUCACAUGCAGAGCCACGAGAACACGGCGGGACUGUGGUCCGUGUGGUUCCGCAACCAGCUCGACCGCAGCGUUGUGCUGAAGGACGUGUUUGUCUCCAAGGAGGCCAGGCGUGUCUUAAAGAUUCUGAAUUUCACUGGCCCUUUAUUUCUACCUCCAGGCUGUUGGAAUAUAUUUUCUUUGAAACUUGCUGUUAAAGACAUUGCCAUAAAUCUGUUCACCAAUGUAUUUUUGGCUACAAACACAGGUGCCAUUUUUGCAAUACCUCUGCAGAUUUUCUCAGCCCCAACCAAGGAAGGGAGUCUGGGUUUUGAAGUGAUAGCACAUUGUGGCAUGCAUUAUUUCAUGGGAAAAUCAAACACAGAGAGUUCCAUUUGGGAUAGAAGCUUUUCUCUGGAUCAGUCUACCUGGGAGGUAGAUUUUGAGCUUGCAACUAAAUUGUACGAAAGGUGGAAGAAACAGAAGAACGGUGACGUCUGCAGGAGGAAUGUUCUGGGAAUGACUCCGUUUGCCCAUGUGAAGAAAUCCAGGGAGCCGGAGUCCUUUGUUGCCUUUCUGCCUCGCCUGGUCAUGGAGUCUGGGCUUACGUUAAACUUCAGCGCCACCGCCCUCAGGAGCAGCGUGGUGAAGUACUUUGCGGUGCGGAACCCGUCCUCUCGGCCAGUCUCCUUGCAGCUCCUGCCCCUCUCGCUGUACCCGAAACCCGAGGCCGCCUUGCGCCUGCUGCAUAAAUGGUUUGGCACAGAUAUGCAGAUGGUUAAUCUUACAACUAGUGAGUUCCAGCUCACCAAAGCUUGCCCUUACCAGGGUGUGCCUUCGGAAGAGUCCAGGUUUGGUGCCCUUCACUUGCAUUUGCAGCCUUUGGAAACGAAAAGGGUUGGUGUCGUGUUCACACCUGCUGACUACGGACAAGUCACCUCACUCAUACUAAUCCGGAAUAACCUGACCAUUAUGGACAUGGUCAGUGUGGAAGGAUUUGGGGCAAGAGAGCUACUGAAAGUGGGAGGAAGGCUUCCAGGUGCAGGAGGUUCGCUCCGAUUUAAGGUGCCCGAGUCCACGCUGAUGGACUGCCGUCGACAAUUGAAAGACAGCAAGCAAAUUCUGUCUAUUACAAAGAACUUCAAAGUUGAGAACAUUGGCCCUCUUCCUAUAACUGUGUCAUCGCUGAAAAUCAAUGGGUAUAAUUGCCAGGGCUAUGGAUUCGAAGUGCUUGACUGUCACCAGUUUUCCCUGAACCCAAAUACGUCCCGUGAUAUCAGUAUUGUGUUUACGCCAGACUUCACAUCUUCCUGGGUCAUCCGUGAGCUGACGCUGGUAACUGCAGCAGACCUGGAGUUCCGCUUCAUUCUCAACGUGACUCUUCCUCAUCACCUGUUACCCUUGUGUGCGGAUGUGGUGCCGGGGCCCAGCUGGGAGGAGUCCUUUUGGAGGCUCACCGUCUUCUUUGUCAGCCUGUCCCUGCUGGGUGUGAUUUUAAUAGCCUUCCAGCAAGCACAGUACAUUCUAAUGGAGUUCAUGAAGUCAAGACAGCGGCAGAACGGCAGCUCCUCCGCGCAGCAGAACGGCGGGCCCGGGGACGUCAUGAGCUCCCACGCUCACAAAAGUAACUGCAAGAACUUUCUCGACUCGUACAACCUCUCCGAUAAAGGCCGAGGGAGGAGCUGCCUUCCACUGGGUACACCCCCGAGCCGGAUCCAGAACGCUGCCAAGAGGAGCCCAGCCACCUACGGCCACUCUCAGAAGAAGCACAAGUGCUCCGUGUAUUACAGCAAACCCAGAGCCAGCAGCACCUCGGAGGAAAAGCAGACUUUGACCCCGGGCAGCCCCCUGGCCCCUGCUAGAGAGGACAUUUGCACGGAUGCUGUGGGUGAGAACUGGGUCAGCCUCAAAUACCCCAGUGGCCUGAAUGUCAACGUGCAGAAGAACGUAUCCCUCCCCAGACCUGUCUCGAAUAAGGAGGACAGCGCUCUGAAAACCGCGGCGGUCAGCAGUGCAUCUUCAGAGUGCAGCGUUAAGGAGGGAGGGCGGACCUGUAUGUUUCCUAAGGAAACUGACCCCAGACCCUCGGAGCGCGCGGCGGAGCCCAGGGAACGGGAGCUCUGCUCCGGGAAGACUUCUAAGAAGCCCGCUGAGCACUCUCUGCCGAAAAACUUACCUCAGCACCACCAGACAGACUUGCCUGAAGUUUCCAGGAAACAUAAUGGACACAACCAGCAAGUGCCUGUCAAGAAUGAAGUAGACAGUUGUGAAACCUUGAGAAGGGCCAGAGCCAAGUCGCCUUCAGAAAAGAAGCCUCCGAGAUCGGCUAAAGAGGACAUGUGCUCCGAGAAGCAGGACACGCCCUCACUGGAGCAGGAAGGGCCUUACAGGAAGAAGCAGCUUCAGGAGAAAAGAGAAGGAAACACCCAAAAUCUAAGUUGGAAUCGAAACCGAACAUGUAGAAAAAACAAGAAAAGGGCUGUUGCUCAGGUCCCCAGGCCUUCGGAACAGACUGAAGUGAAGCUUGGGUUCAGUGAUUUUGAGAGGCCGGAGCUGAGCGACGACGUGAGUGUGAGAAGCUGGUGUGCACGGGAAACUGCUGGGGAGAUUUGUAAAGCGGGCCUGGAGACCGUGGGCAGCUCCCCUGUGCAGAGAGAGGCAGAGGGUUGCUACCCGAAGGCCGGGAAGAAGCGUGCCGACAAGUUCUGCUCGGACUCCAGCUCGGACUGUGGCAGCUCCUCGGGCAGCGUGCGUGCCAGCCGGGGCAGCUGGGGCAGCUGGAGCAGCAGCGGCAGCUCGGACUGCGACAGGAAGCCAGCAGGGGGCGCCCGGCUCUUCCUGUCUGCUGGAGACAGUGUUGCCAGUGACUUUCCCGCUGACGGUCCCAGUUCCUUGAGCCUCUCUCACCACAUCUGCGGCGCCACAGACGUGCCUGGCCUCCCGCAGUACCCAGAGCCUCCUUUGCCCAGCCUUCCUGCCGGGCCCUCAGGUGCUGAAGGAGAGAAAGGUCUGUACCCCCCCGGGGACCUGUGGCCCUCCCAGCCCCUGUGCCUGAGCAGCAACUUCUGCUGCCCUGUGGAGAACAGCACCCCUGGCGUGGCCCAGGAGCCGCCUCCGGGCCCUGACAGCUUCAUUGACUGGAGCGCAGGCUGCGACGGCCGGUUUCCCAACAUGUUCUGCCCGCCGGAACUGAACGAUUACACCACCUUUCCAGAAGACAACGUGAGCUACCGCAGCGGGUUCCCGUGCCCCGCAGAAGUGCAGACUGACUUUAUUGGCCACAGCUCUCACUCUACCUGGAACACCCCAGCCAGUGUGCCCGCUGCCUGGGGCCAUGCCAGUUUCGUCAGCUCUCCAUCCUACCUCACCAGCACUCGAAGCUUGUCUCCCAUGUCUGGACUGUUUGGCUCCAUCUGGGCCCCACAGAGCGACGUGUACGACAGCUGCUGCCCCCUCGGUCCCUCCUCGGAGCGCCCGACCCACAUGGAGAGCCAGGCGCUCACGUGCAAGGAGUACUGCCCGGGCUUCAACCCGUUCCGUGCCUACAUGAACCUGGAUAUAUGGACUACCACGGCAAAUCGCAGUGCAAACUUCCCGCUGUCCAGAGACUCCAGUUACUGCGGGAAUGCGUGAAGGGAUUGGAAUUUGAAACAAUUGAAAUCUGGGUGCUCUGAUUUUGGAAGACUUCCUGAGUGCGUGGCAGAGACCUGUGUCGUGACCUCCCGCAUUCAGGAAGUGUGGAAGUGCAUCAUGGCCAAGGCUUAAAGUCUGACGACGGAGUGUUCCUGAGCCCGAGACCCAAGGGAGGUUCAGAACUUGAAGCCACUUGGGUGCCGUUCACAAGGUGUGACUUUGUUCUAAUGUGGCUCAGGCAGCCGGGGGUUCCGACAAGUCCUGCAUGUCCUGUCACUAGAGCCCGUGACAGCUAGGAGAGCCCACUCGGCAGGAAGUCAUUUCCAGGAUCGAUGUCCUGGGGGAGUCCUGGUGCUUCACGACUGCUGGCAUUGAAGCAGGGACUGAGCAGGCUUGCCUCAGUACUAGUACUUAGCAGCCUCAGUACUGGUGCUUAGUAGGGAAGUUAGGUGGCUGGUGCCAAACUGGUUUGUGUUUGCUUGUCACUGAGAGGUCCACAUGAUGGUGGCAUUACCUGUUUGACAUGUGUAAACUUGGAAAACAUUUUUAACUUAAUAAAAAAAAUGUCUUAUUUUCAUA